UCCUCUUCUAUAUAUAACCUUAAAUGCUGCUUUUUCUUAAUAAAGUUUGAAUUGAAGACUGAUAAAUCAUACCCAAAAGCAAAAGGUCGCUGCUGUCAAGCAAAGACUAGAAAAUUUUGUAUUUCUCUUCUUGCCCAGAAGUUUCAGGUUGAUAUUGCUUUCAAAUAUACAAAGGCUUGGGGUUCUAUACAAAGGAUUCUAAACCUAUUGGUAGCUGUUUGGAACAUUGGUCUGAACGGCAGAGUGAUUCCUUUCUGAAUUAGCACUAUACAACCGAUGCUACAUCUUUAGAUGGAAUCGCACCCGCUCUUCAGAUAUGGUGUCACUGGUGCAGGCAUAUCCUACUCAACUUCUUAUGCAAUUGCUCCUUCAAUGCCCAAUAGACUCUUUGGGUCCUUAAACUUUGAUAUAGGAAACUCACCUAGCUCACCCUUCUCAAAUCAAUUUGAUUGUGAUACUAUUAUCACAUUGAGUGAGAGCCAGGAGCAGUACAGUUCUACUGAGAAACUUUCAGGAGCUAGCCCUUCUUGUAACUCCUCACUUGAAUCCAGUAGCUACUUUCAUCGGCUGAGCCCCCCAUUGUUUCAAGAUGCAAAUUCUAGCGAGAACAUAAAACAUGCAUUGCUGAGAUUGGAGACUGCUCUGAUGGAACCUGAUGAUGAUGAAGACAUAAGAAUUGCUGAUACUUCUGUUGGGGAAAGUAGUAGACCACAGACAUCAGGUCAGAGGACUAGGGCCUGGAGCCAGGAGCAUCAUGUGAUUCAGCCUCAGACAUCCUCUGUUUCUAGGAAUAAGCAAUCAAGUGAAGGAGUUGAGAAGCAUCUAAAAACAAUAGAAGAAGCAAAAUUUCAAAGUGUUUUACCAGGCAAUCUGAAGCAAUUGCUCAUUGCAUGUGCUAAAGCUCUGGCAGAAAACAAUAUAAAUGAUUUUGAUAAGCUGAUUGCAAUGGCUAGAUGUGCAGUGUCUAUCAGUGGAGAGCCAAUCCAGCGCCUCGGUGCAUACUUGAUAGAAGGUUUGGUAGCAAGGAAGGAGUCAUCAGGCAAUAGCAUUUAUCAUGCCCUUAGGUGUGGAGAGCCUGAAAGCAGGGACUUGCUUUCUUACAUGCAGAUACUAUAUGAAAUUUGUCCUUAUCUGAAGUUCGGAUACAUGGCAGCUAACGGAGCCAUUGCUGAAGCAUGCAAAAAUGAGGACCGCAUCCAUAUCAUUGACUUCCAAAUUGGUCAGGGAACCCAGUGGAUAACUCUCCUUCAAGCUCUUGCAGCAAAGCCAGAUGGAGCUCCCCAUGUUCGUAUUACAGGUAUUGAUGAUCCUGUUAGUAAACAUGCCCGUGGUGAUGGGUUAGAGGCAGUUCACAGAAGAUUAGCUGAAAUCUCUGAGAAAUUUAGUAUUCCUGUUGAGUUCCAUGGUGUGCCAGUUUUUACUCCAGAAGUUACACGGGAAAUGCUUGGUGUGAGGCCUGGGGAAGCCUUGGCUGUGAACUUCCCCUUGCAGCUCCAUCACACUCCUGAUGAGAGCGUCGAUGUGAGAAAUCCAAGGGAUGGGCUGCUUCGAAUGGUCAAAUCACUUAAUCCCAAGGUGGUCACUUUAGUGGAGCAAGAAUCAAACACAAACACAACUCCUUUCCUUACAAGGUUCAUAGAAACUCUAGACUACUAUUUGGCAAUAUUCGAGUCCAUAGACGUGACACUGCCAAGGGACCGAAAGGAGCGUAUUGGUGUAGAGCAGCACUGUUUAGCCAAGGAUAUUGUGAAUGUUAUUGCUUGUGAAGGAAAAGAGAGGGUGGAGCGUCAUGAGCUCUUUGGCAAGUGGAAGUCUAGGCUUACAAUGGCUGGCUUCCGGCAAUACCCUUUGAGCUCGUACGUCAACUCUGUGAUAAGGGGCUUGCUGAGGUGUUACUCAGAACAUUACACACUGAUAGAGAAGGAUGGGGUUAUGUUGUUGGGCUGGAAGAACAGGAAUUUGAUAUCUGCUUCUGCAUGGAAUUAAUAUGAGAGGAUUUCCAUUUUCGGGUAUAGGACAGUGAUAAUGAUAAAACUGUGAUUGUAGCAUUAGGAGGGUUGAGUGAUCAUUGUAUGUCAUAUUCAUUUCAUGUAAUCCUGUAUAAACAUUAAAUUCAAUGAUAUUCUCUUUUUGUGAA